AUGAUCGCCGUCAGUGUUGAUUUGGAUAUAAUUGCUAAUACUUGCGUAAGGGCGAUCGCAGCCGUUACAUCCAGCAGAUCCCACAGCAAUGAGGGUGCCCGUCCUGAUCUUCCUCAGCAUCUGAUUGAUGAAAGCCUCAGUCCCCAUAGAGGCACAAAAAUGGAGACGAAAGAAGUCAUCGAUCAGAUGGCCGAAAUCCUUCUCGCUGGAUCAGAGACAGCAUCCGGGACAAUUGCUUGCUUUUAUAUGGAGAUCUUAGAAAAUCCCGAUGUUAAGUCCAAGGUGAUCAGCAGUCUACCUGUUUUAACCCCAAACGAUCAUAUAAUAACCAGCAAGACGGUCACAACAGAGCCAAAGUACGAGUAUCUCGAAGCAUGUAUAAAGGAAGUUCUUUGA